GCGAGGUGAGAGCGGUGCACAACGCCAGACGGACCAGAAGCGGGUUGAGUGUGGAUACGCAGCGGAGCGCACGGCUUGGGGACUCUGUACAGUGCAACUACAAACACAAAUGGAUAUUUACGUGGCUUUGUUAUCCCUUUUCUUUUUUACCAAACCAGCUUUGGCUUUCGGAUCAGAUCAAGACUACCAGAUUGAUAUCAUCAAUGAACUUGACCUGGCAAAUGCCACCUAUGGAAUUACCCAAGUGGCGGGGCUUCACAACAGCAGCAAAGCCUUCCUUUUUCGAGAUGUUGGGAGAGCAGUUCACGCCCCGGCACACAUCACAGAGAAAGUGGUGCAGCUGUUCAGGAGGAAAAGUGAGUUUACCUUCUUGGCCUCCAUCCAGCAGAAGUCCUCGACGUCAGGAGUCAUAUUCUCCAUCCACGAGUCAGAACACAGUUACUUUGAGCUGGAGAGCAGCGGUGUGAGGGAGGAGAUCCGCUACCACUACCGCUUCAAAGGCAAGCCGCGCUCUGAGUCCUUCCCCUACCGCCUCGCUGACGGCCAGUGGCACAAGAUCGCUCUCACCAUCAGCGCCACCCACCUACUGCUGCACGUCGACUGUAACAGGAUUUAUGAGCGGGUGAUAGACCCUCCUCAGAUGGAGCUCACCCCGGGCAGCGGCGUGUGGUUAGGCCAGCACAGCCACAAGCACGGCCUGUUCAAGGGCAUUAUCCAGGACGUGAAGUUGAUUUUCGCUCCCAACGGCUACAUUACCCAAUGUCCCAACCUUAACCGCACCUGUCCGACCUGCAGCGAUUUCCUGAGCCUGGUGCAAGGAAUCAUGGACCUUCAGGAGCUCCUGGCCAAAAUGACCCUGAAGUUGAACUACGCAGAGUCCAGGCUGACCCAGCUGGAGGGCUGUCAUUGCGAGAGGACCUGCAGCGCCAACGGCCUGGUCUACCGAGAUAAGGAACUGUGGGUGGAGCCUGAGAACUGCAGGAACUGUGCAUGUAAGAAUGGUGUGGUGGAGUGUCGCAGGAUUUUCUGUCCUCCAGCAAACUGCUCAGAGGACUCGCUGCCUGUGCAUGUUGAUGGGACUUGCUGCAAGAAAUGCAGACCAAAAUGCACCUACAUGGGUCAGACCUUUUCUGAAGGCCAGCGCUUUUUAUCCAGGAGCUGCAGGGAAUGCAAGAACGGCCUCAUGGUGAAAGUCACAGAAACUUGUCCAGAGCUCAACUGCACCGUCAGUGAACAAAUCUUACCAGAUGGCAGAUGCUGCAAUGUUUGCAGAGGUUAUGACUUCUGCGCAGAGGGACUCAUUUGUGGAGAAAACUCUGAGUGUAAAAACCGGAAUACUAAAGCAGAGUGUGAAUGCAAAAGCGGCUAUGCCUCCAUCCACGGGGAUUCUACUUACUGUGAAGAUAUUGAUGAGUGUGCGACCCAGAUGCAUUACUGCCAGUCCAACACAGCGUGUGUCAACCUGCCCGGCAGCCAUCGCUGCGACUGUCUGCCAGGCUUCAUCAGAGUGGACGAAUACUCCUGCACCGAGCAUGACGAGUGUGCCAGCAGCCAAAAUUUGUGUGAUGAGAACGCCAUCUGCACCAACACCAUCAGAGGACACCUGUGUACCUGCAAGCCGGGCUACGUGGGUAACGGCACCAUCUGCAGAGCUUUCUGUGAGGAGGGAUGCAGGAGCGGCGGGACCUGUGUGUCCCCCAACACGUGUGUCUGUCCUUCAGGAUUUACAGGACGCCACUGUGAGACAGAUAUUGACGAGUGUGCAGAGGGCCUGAUUGAGUGCCACAACCACUCCCGCUGUGUCAACCUGCCCGGCUGGUACCACUGUGAAUGCAGAAGUGGUUUCCAUGACAAUGGCUCCUACCUGCUCGAUGGGAGCUCCUGCAUUGACAUCGAUGAGUGCAGUUUGCAGACACACACCUGUUGGAAUGACAGUGUGUGUGUGAACCUCCCAGGAGGCUACGACUGUGUGUGUACGUCUGGUCCGGGCUGCGGCGGUGACUGCCCACAGGAAGAGAAGAUCAGACGCAACGGAGAGGAUUGGAAACCCAGCUUCGACCGCUGUGCUAUAUGCUCCUGCAAGGAUGGGCAGACGUACUGCAGAAGGAGACCCUGUGACUGCGGAGACCCAGACGAAGACCUGUUCUGCUGUCCCGGCUGUGACAACAGGCCCAGCAGCCAGUGUCUGGACCAGAGUGGACGCGCACUCUACCGCAGUGGAGCAUCCUGGCUGUACGGCUGCCAGCAGUGCCGCUGCAUGGAGGGGGAGGUUGACUGCUGGCCUCUGGUUUGCCCCGUGUUGAUGUGCGAGUACACAGCGGUGGCGGAGGGCGAGUGUUGCCCACGCUGCGUCACAGACCCCUGCCUGGCAGACAACCUGUCAUACGACAUCCGGCAGACGUGUCAGGACCCCGCAGGCGCCGUCCGCCUCAGUGGAGACGCAUGGCAUAUGCCCAACUCACCAUGCACCACCUGCAAGUGUAAGAAUGGGAAUGUCUGCUGCUCGGUGGAUCUGGACUGCCUUCAGAACAACUAAAGCUCUCCUCCUGUCCUCCUCUCACUGCGGGACUGCCACGCCCCCUCUUCUAUCUGACGACUCUCCCCUUGGAUUCAUAAAACAGACUCACGCACGCACAUGUGCAUGCCAGUGCGUGCAUAGAAAAUACAAACAUGCACUGGACAGACUGAGGUGUUGGGGCUGUGCUUUUAUGCCGUUACUCGACAAACCGUGAGAGUGUGAGUAAGUCAGUGUGUAUGUGUGUGGCUCAGGCGGAGACUGAGGCCAUAGUUGCUAUCACCACAAUCACUGUGUUGUGUAUGUGUCUUUGUGUCAUUUCCAUUUCACUAAAUCUCUUGAGGAAACCUGUUAAGCAUUACGCCUCGAUCCCAAAACAGAAACAAGCAGCUGAGGUAGUUGGUCCAAAACAUUUAUUUUGGGGUAACUAAAAUCAGAAGCAGAAUAAAAGUAAUGCACCCUCAUUUUAUAUGAUGUUCUGUGAUGCAGGAGAUAGUUUAAUGUAUAGAAUAAUGUAAAGUCUGCUGGUGUAGGUACCUCACCUGAACCUUUGAGUAAUUGAGUAAGUAAUGUGUCAACGAUCCGAUGUUUUAUCUUUUUUAAUCCUUAUUAAUGUUUCUUUAAACAGCUGUGUCCUACCUUGUAAAUUAGUAAAACCCUGUUUGGUUGUACUAAUUUUUGUAUUUGCUGAAGUUCAAGUGCAAAAGAGGAAUUUUUAACUUAUGAUUACUGUUUUAAUGCAUUGACAUUUUUAUGGUUCUGUGACAUCAAAAACAUCUUACAGUUUUAUGCUUUAACAUGCAAACAAAUCAGGGGUGCAUAAUUGAUCAUUAGAACUGUUCCAUUGUAAAGGAUUCUCCAAAUGUGACGAUCAAAUUCCUGACUUCAAUCCAGUCUUCAGUAUUGUGCACAAUUCAGUUGUCUAAUUAACAACUUAACUGUAAAAUUAGAUCUAAUAAUACCAGUUUUCACUAGUUGUUGAGCUGUUUAAGGACAACAUCUUGGUUCUGACGAGCCCAUGGCCAAACAAAGCCUAUGACACUUUAGCAAAUGUGUGGACCGUAGAAAUGUCAAUCCCUCAUGUUUUACUGGAGCUUAGUUUUUUGAGAAUUAGCACCUGAAUGCACCAUCAGUUUUGGUCUCUGUGAGGCCAGAUCAUUUUGUUUGGGAAAGGAGGUGUAGUCACAAUGUGUUCUGAAUGAAAAGCUAGUUGGAACAGUGUCUCAACUUUGGAGAUGGAGUGUGUGGGGAAGAGAAAGCAUCUGUGGUUUCUUCUCUGUCCAGCUUGGUUGUCUGAAAGUGUGCUGCCAUUUUCCCCUUUGUAAGAUCUAUUGUGUCUUGCCUCCUCUAUGAAGGUAGACCAUUUCCAACUAAGGGUGGCAGGAGUUUAUUUCAAGCAUACCCCAGUCUUCAGGGCCAUUAAAAGACCUGACGAGCCACAUCCUUUAGAGGAUCCAGGCUUUGAAUUAGGACAUACCUGUUCUGUCUGUCCUGUUGAGCCAUUAGUGCUUCAGUCCCUGAGCCUCAAUGUCUUCUCUCUGAUGUGGUGGACUGCCAGAUAGUUUGUUAUUACUAGUUAUGAUAUCAAAAGCGUGUACCAGCGGCUUGAUGGUGCACAACAGACUCCUGCAGGCUAGAAAAACACCAUCCGUAGCUGUUGAUGGACUGAGCAGAGCUUGUGGUGGGUGGGACUUCUCUGGUGUCUCCAAGGGCUCCUCAGCUCUGAACUAAAUGGUGCCAACAAAGAACGGCAGAGGAAGACAUAAAACAAGACUGAGACGGUGGGGCUAAUUAAAGCCAUGUCACGCAGGCCUGGAUUUGAGUAUGCCAGGAGGUCACCAAGUGUCGAAUCUGUUUACAGACGGCCAGGCUUAAUAAGGCAGGAGAGUCUGGUGCUUUUCCUGCUACAGUUCACGCGUUCACAGCUCUGACACCGCUGCGGUCCCCUGCCCUGUCCUCUCCUCCACACCUCUCUCCAUUAUCCUCAAGCUUGUCUCGAGAGCGCUAACGUUUCCCUCAAGUGUCGUUGUUAUCACCCUGUUUGUCUAUCACUGUCUGUUUUCUCCCCCACAGAGAACCGGGGGGAGUUUCUAACACUGUUUCAAAAGUUUGUGAAAUGAGCACAGACUUUGAAAUGCAAACUACAUUAAAAAAAAUAAGUACAGCUUUCAGUCAGUUGUUCAUUUAACUUUUGAUACACAGCACUUUACAAAAAACACUUAGCAGUUUAUUUUAGCUGGGUAAAAUCACUUUCCUAGAAGGAUAACUGUUUCUUUCAAAGCUGGGACUCAUGGUCAAGGUCUUCUCUCCGGUAUUCUCUUCCGCUCUGGUUUCCCUGCACUUCGGGGCUCAUUUUCCUAUUCCAGGAGAAUCCAUUUGCUGCCUCAGAAUGAAAAAAAAAGAUUGAGAUGAUACUUGACAGUGAAAUGAAGCCUUCGUUUGGUUUCAUCAAAGCUCCUCUUUGAGUGAGUCAGCUGGAGCUCUAAACGAUGCUGCUACUCUGUAUCAAAGUCGGUGUUGAUAGUAGACUCUGACUGCAGUUAUCCUGUUUCAGGACACAUUUCUGAGAUCUGAGACAAAAACUCUUGAAAGGACAUAGAAUCCAUGAUCUCUCCAUGUAGUUUGUGUGGUUCUUGACGUUCUCUUGAGUCAUUCCACUCGCUACAUUUCUCCUAAAAGUGUAAAAACUAGAUGUGCUUGUAGAGCACCUUUGAGACGAGACCGAAGAUGAACAGUAUCAACUGAAGUAGAGUUACUUUUCAUAUGUUAUCGUGCAAAAUCACAAUGAUUCCCUUCAAUAGAGGAUUUCUCCAGAUGGAAUAAUCUUGCCAAUAUUAAACCUUAUCUGGGAUCAGUUGUGUCCUGCUGGCUCAAAUCUCGCCAUGCAGUUUGUGUGGUUCCAAAACUGGUCUUGACUGAGAUAACAGUUAAAAGAUAAACCGUAUCAACUGAAUGCAGGAAGUGAUUGACGCAGUGGACAGUGAUGUAGAGUUACUCUUUGCAUGUUGUCGAUCCAUAUCCCGAUCAUUCCCUCAGGAGUCUCUCAAAAUGGAAUUAUCUUGUCAUUAGUGCACCUCUGAGAUCACUUGUGUGUUUGUUUUUUGCACUAGCUAGAAAACAUGGCUGCAACCGGCAUCAGAGGUUACCUUGGUGGAGACAUUUACUUUCAACUCCAAAGACCAUUACCCUCCUGCUGACCUUCCGCUAUUUAAUGUCGAACUACUUCUUGUUUCUGGUCGUGUUUCCAAGAUAUUUUUCUACCCUUUCAUGCACAGAGCGCGUUGUUUGCACUCUAAAACACGUGGUCAUUUCACAAACUUUUGGGAAAAGGUGAAGCUGGUUGUUUAACCUCUGGAGGGAACAGCGGCGUGCAGCGAGGUGUGCCGCCGCUCCGUCCUCUGUCACGGCGUCCUUGUGUCGUUUUUGUCUGCCACCACAUCUGUUUGUGUCUCACUCAAGCAUUUUUUUGUGUACUCUCCUCCAUUAUCGCAAUGUCUCUUGUAAAUCUGAAAUCUUCAACUGUGCACAAAGUACACACACAAAAGAAAAAUAAGUGAUGUAAAUGGUAUCUGUGCCCAUCAAAGUUUAACACAGCAAUCGAAAGCAGACAUUUGUACAAACGAUCACUGAAAACAAGGUUUUCAGAUUGCUCUGGUGAUUGAUUUGAUAUGAAAUAUAAUGACGACUGUAAAACACUAUUUGCAAGUCUGUGUGUAAAUGUUUUUACAUACUGACGAUAUGAUACAAUUAUACAGUUUUUUAAUUAUCAUUGUGUUCAUGAAUAAUGUGUUUAUUUCAGUGGACUACUUUUCUUUUUGUGGGAUAGAUUCUGUUUUGCUGUAAAUACUGUGUAAAGUGAAGGGUUCUGUAAAGAGAGUAAGAUUAUGUGAAUAAUUCUCACUACCACAGCUUCUUAGGAUCUGAGCGUUGCAAGUUGAGUAUGACAGAGAAGCAACAUUUCUAUUGUUUUUACUAUUUCUUUAUUUUUCUAUUCUUGCCUUAACCCUUUUAGUAUCAGUCAUAGUUAAAUGUCUUUUCAAUGUUUUAAGACAACAUUAUGGAUUUGACUAGCCUGUGUAUGUACAGAUUUCUCAUUAGUGUCCCCCACUAAAAGCAGAGACUCAUCAGAAGUGGAUUUUUGAAAUUCAGAAAGAUAUCCCAGGCGAGGAGCAAGGACUGACUUCACUACACACAUUUUUUUCUCCACACAUCUGUAUGAACUGAACUGAAAAGUAUCUUCACGAGAACCAGACAAAAUAUGUACACAUGUAAAAACAACAAAAAAAAUGUUAAAAAUGACAAUGUUCUUGAUUCAGUUCCUACUAAAAUGCAAGCCAUUGUGUUUCUCCUUUAAUGUCUGACUUUUUAAAAGAAGCAGUUUUGGACCUUCUAGAUCCUGAUGUGCUUGUUCAUGUUUUUGAUAGAGGACUGUGACGGAGGAAUCCUCCAGGUCUGUUCAUUGUUUUUUCUCCAAAUCAGAGUGGCCAGCCUAAUUGUACUCAAAGGGUUAAGUGUCAUUUGACUUGAAGACUGUGUCGUGAUAAGAGUUUGCUGUAAAAUAUUCU